AGCCGUCUAGUGGUCGAACAGGGAUGCUGGACGCUCUCUCGAAGGUGAUCUGGUACUCCGGGUGUGUGUUCGCGUGUGAUCGAAGUAUUGAAGAUCCUCUUCCACAGCAGCUGAGAUCGCGUGAGACAAUUCAUGUGAUUGUGACAGUGUCAAGUGAUAGUGCACCAAACAGUUUGAUCGUCCACGACUUAUCCAGUACCUUGUGUUCCUAGUGCGCCACAAAAUGGCCGGCGAAAAGGAUGAAUCGGUCGAUGGUGGUGGUGGUGGAGUGGUGGUAGAAUCGAAAUCAAACGAACCAACAGACUCCGCAGUGGAUAGUGAUCAGCAGCAACAGAAUGGAUACGAUCGUGAGCCUGUCUCCGAGCGUAAGGCAAGCUACAAUGGUUACAGUAGCGUGUACAACAAUGGCAAGAAAGCGGAGGAAGCGCAACAGGCCGAGAUGCAGAAGAUGUUGCCACAGGACAUCGAGGACAUGUAUCGGGAUCUGCCGCUCACGAAGGAUACAACUUGUGGUUUCUGGAUGUUCAAAGGACCGCUACUGCAAAGAUUCGCCAACAAGAAGGUGUACGUGUUCAUGUACGGUGUCGUCGGUUGCAUCUUCUCGGCGACGUACGCGUACUUUAACGGUACGAUCACGACGCUCGAGAAGCGCUACAAGAUCCCGAGCAAGAACACCGGGAUCAUCUCGGUGGGGAACGACAUCAGCGCCCUGUUGCUGUCUGCCAUCCUGAGCUACUACGCCGGAAAGGGCCACCGGCCACGCUGGAUCGCCAUUGGGCUGCUGAUGAUUACGGCUUUCUGCUGGUUGACGGCACUACCACAUCUCCUCUAUGGUCCUGGUGAAGCGGCCCUUUCACUGACCACCGAGUAUGGUGCAACGUACGAUGCUAACCAGACGCUCGAGGUACUGGAAGCCCAAAAAGCGAAGACACUCUGUCGGACGAAUGCAACUCGUGGUGCGGAGUGCGAGAAGGAAGAGGGCAAUCUGGCACCCCAGGUGUUCUUCUUUCUGGCCCAGUUCAUCUCCGGUAUUGGCAGUUCGCUCUACUACACACUCGGUGUUUCGUACAUGGAUGAUAACAUUAAGAAGUCAAAGACACCGGCACUGGUCAGUGUUUCGUACUUCCUGAGGAUGCUCGGUCCGGCGAUCGGAUACGCACUCGCUUCCUACUUCCUUAAGCUCUACAUUUCACCUUCGAUGACACCAACGAUCUCGAAUACGGAUCCCCGUUGGCUCGGUGCUUGGUGGAUGGGUUGGAUCAUACUCGGCCUCGUGUUGGCUUUCUUUGCCAUCUUUAUCGCAAUGUUCCCGAAGCAGCUACCGAGGGCGGCCGCACGGAAGCGAAUUGCAGCGGAGAAGCAAAAGCUUGGCAUGAAACUGAGCGAAGCCGCUGAUGGUGGACGAAGGGAGGAUGAAUUGCCGGCAUCGUUUAAGGAUAUGAUGAAGACGUUUAAACGGCUGCUGCGCAACAAGAUCCUCAUGUUGAACAACAUUGCUUCAGUGUUUUACUUCUUCGGUUACAUGCCUUACUGGAUCUUUACGCCCAAGUACAUCGAGACGCAGUACAAACAGUCUGCGUCGACGUCGAGCCUUGUUACGGGGACGGUGGCGCUCGUGUUUUCUGCCGUCGGUGUCCUGCUGUCUGGGUUGGUGAUCUCGAAGUAUAAGCCGAGGGCACGGUAUAUGGCAGCUUGGAAUGUGUUCGUCGGUAUGCUGUCGGUGAUGGGAAUGAUCGCGUACGCUUUCCUGGGGUGUUCGGCCAGCGAGAACUCUGUCAUCGUCAACAUUCCUUCGCAAUCCGAUCUGUCGCCAACCUGUAACUCGGCCUGCCAGUGUGACUACGUGAAGUACUCGCCGGUUUGUGGUGAGGACGGCAAUACGUACAUUUCGGCGUGCCACGCUGGCUGCGGGACUCAGAGUCAACUCGGUGAUCAGAAGAUUUAUGGCGAUUGCUCGUGCAUUGCAUCGGUGGCCAACUACACCAGCCCGCUGUUCUUGCAGCAGCUGUCCUCCAAUGCGACCCACACGACCUGGAGGUCCGCCGUACGGCAAUCACCAUUGGCCGGUGGGAAAGCCCUCGCUGGACCUUGCCCGAUGGAUUGCUACCGGGAGUUCGUCACCUUCCUGAUCGUGAUGUGUUUCCUGAAGUUCUCGGGCGCUACGGGACGGGCCAGUAACUUCCUCGUGUCGGUACGGUGUGUCGACGAACGGGAUAAGGCCGUUUCGAUGGGCUUCGGGAUGAUGGUGCUUAGCCUGAUGUCCUUCAUACCGAGUCCGAUCUUCUUCGGGCUGGUUCUCGAUAAGACCUGUCUCGUGUGGGGAAAGACGUGCACCGGCAAGGGUAACUGUUGGCUGUACGAUGGUGAAACGUUACGCUACUUGCUGAAUUUCAUUGCGGCCGGUUUCGUGCUCGUGGGUACGCUGUUCGAUUGUGGUGUCUGGUACUACGUGAAGGAUCUGAAAAUCUUUGACGAUGAGGUGAAGGACAAGGAGAUUGAGUUGGCGGAAAAGGAAGAAGAGGCCAUCACGGAUCGGCCGGCGUGAAGAGCUGGCGAUGUGUAUGUGUAUGUUUUCGAUAUUCUUUGUUUUUUAACUUUGUUUCGUGUUAUUUUUGUAAAUAAACUUGUUAUUAGACUCCACCGA